AUGUACCAGUUGGAUAUCACACUAAGAAGGGGUCAAAGUUUAGCUGCCCGUGAUCGAGGAGGGACAAGCGAUCCAUAUGUGAAGUUUAAAAUUGGAAGAAAAGAAGUUUUUAGAAGUAAAAUUAUCCACAAGAACCUCAAUCCUGUUUGGGAGGAAAAGGCUUGCGUGCUCAUUGACCAUCUUAGAGAACCACUAUAUAUCAAGGUAUUUGACUAUGAUUUUGGACUGCAAGAUGACUUUAUGGGCUCAGCCUUUCUCGAUCUCACACAGUUGGAGUUAAACAGGUCCACAGAUGUCACCUUAACUCUGAAAGAUCCCCAUUAUCCCGACCAUGACCUUGGAAUCAUUUUGCUGUCAGUCACCCUUACGCCUAAGGAAGGUGAACCCAGGGAUGUGACAAUGCUAAUGAGGAAGAGUUGGAAAAGAUCCAGUAAGUUUCAGACCCAAAGUUUACGACUGUCAGACCAGCACAGGAAAUCACAUCUGUGGAGAGGAAUAGUCAGCAUCACCUUGAUUGAGGGUCGAGACCUCAAAGCAAUGGAUUCCAAUGGGUUGAGUGAUCCGUAUGUGAAGUUCCGGCUUGGCCAUCAGAAGUACAAGAGCAAGAUUAUGCCCAAAACAUUGAACCCUCAGUGGAGGGAGCAAUUUGAUUUCCAUCUCUAUGAAGAAAGAGGCGGGAUCAUGGACAUCACUGCCUGGGACAAAGACGCUGGGAAAAGAGACGACUUUAUUGGAAGGUGCCAGGUUGACCUGUCGUCCCUCAGUAGGGAGCAAACACACAAGCUGGAGUUACAGCUGGAAGAGGGUGAGGGCCACCUGGUUCUGCUUGUCACUCUGACAGCCUCAGCCACAGUCAGUAUCUCUGACCUCUCUGUCAACUCCAUGGAGGACCAGAAGGAGCGGGAAGAGAUAUUAAAGAGAUAUAGUCCACUGAGGAUAUUUAACAACCUAAAAGAUGUGGGAUUUCUCCAGGUAAAAGUCAUCAGAGCAGAAGGUUUGAUGGCUGCAGAUGUCACAGGUAAAAGUGAUCCAUUUUGUGUAGUAGAACUGAACAAUGACAGGCUGCUAACACACACUGUGUACAAAAACCUCAAUCCUGAGUGGAACAAAGUGUUCACAUUCAACAUUAAAGACAUUCAUUCAGUUCUCGAAGUGACUGUCUAUGAUGAAGACCGUGAUAGGAACGCCGACUUUCUGGGCAGAGUCGCCAUACCAUUGCUGUCUAUUCAAAAUGGUGAACAGAAAGCCUACGUCUUGAAAAACAAGCAGCUGACAGGGCCAACAAAGGGGGUCAUCUAUCUUGAAAUAGAUGUGAUUUUUAAUGCUGUGAAAGCCAGCUUACGAACAUUAAUUCCCAAAGAACGGAAGUACAUUGAAGAGGAAAACAGACUCUCUAAACAGCUGCUUCUAAGAAACUUUAUCAGAACAAAACGUUGUGUCAUGGUGCUUGUAAAUGCUGCAUACUACGUUAAUAGUUGCUUUGAUUGGGAUUCGCCCCCAAGGAGUCUUGCUGCUUUUGUGCUCUUUCUCCUCGUGGUCUGGAACUUUGAACUUUACAUGAUGCCACUGCUGCUGUUGUUACUAUUGACAUGGAACUACUUCCUAAUCAUAUCUGGGAAAGACAACAGACAACGGGACACAGUAGUGGAGGACAUGCUGGAGGACGAAGAGGAAGAAGAUGACAGAGAUGACAAGGAUGGUGAAAAAAAAGGAUUUAUAAAUAAAAUCUAUGCGAUCCAGGAAGUCUGUGUCAGUGUCCAGAACAUCCUAGAUGAAGUGGCUUCCCUUGGUGAAAGGAUAAAGAAUACUUUCAACUGGACUGUCCCGUUCUUAAGCUGGCUGGCCAUUGUAGCCCUCUGUGUGUUCACGGCCAUUCUGUACUUCAUUCCACUGAGAUACAUUGUUCUUGUCUGGGGAAUUAAUAAAUUUACAAAAAAGCUUCGGAGUCCAUAUGCAAUUGAUAACAAUGAACUACUUGACUUCCUUUCCAGAGUUCCUUCAGAUGUCCAAGUGGUGCAGUACCAAGAACUGAAACCAGAUCAUUCUCAUAGCCCAUAUAAAAGGAAGAAAAACAACCUUGGCUAGCCAGCUCCCAACCCCGAGGAGACCAGCACUUCUGGGAAGAUAAAAGAAAAACUCAGCUCCGUAGCACUUCCUCUCUGCUUUUUAUUUAUUUCCCCUUUUUAUCAUG